UUGCUUGUCUUUGUUUUCACCGGCAGCAUUUCGUUGUUUCUGUCAUUCAUUUCCUGAAAUUGUGAAAACACAAUGGCAAGUCGGAGUAGAGGGUACAAUCACGACUGGGACCCGAUGAAGGAGGAUUACGACAACUCAAGUUAUGAUCCUCAGAAUGCUGAUGACAGUGGCAGUGGUUUUGUAAACCUGGAUCACUGCCGGCUCUACAUAACCAACAUCCCGAACGGCCUCAGCGACGAUGGGCUGGCCACCGCCUUCUCUAAAUACGGCCAGCUCACCGAGGUGUUUGUCAGCAGGAACCCGGACAAGAGAUACGCGUUGGUGGCGUUUGAGACGCCAGGGGAAGCAAAGUUUGCUAUGAUGAAGCUGAAUAGAACGGAGCCUCUGAAGCUCAAUAUCAACGUUGCUCAUAAGAGCAAUGCAAAAGCAAAAAGACCAUUCGACAAGAAAGAUAUCUCGGGAUAUCGGAAUAACAACUCAAAUCCUCGCAAUCGUGAAGAUCGUAGUUUCAAAGACGACGGCAGCACUGGCAGCCGAUCCAACACGAGGAGACAAGAAACUCUGGCCAACGGUGACAACAUGGAAGACUUGGUGGACGAUGAUGUGCAGGUGUUGAGCGGCAGCCUGGAGCCAGACAUGAAUCUGGAGCUGGAGAAGCUAAAGCUGGAGCACCUCAAGCUGCAGGAGGCGCAGGUGUUGUGCAAGCACCGGAUGUUGCUGCUCAAGCAGGCGGAGAAGAAGUCUAGUUCAAGUAGUCGCCAACUUCUGCCGGAUGGUAGAAUUGUCGUCCGCACCAUUGACAAGAGUGAAGCUAAUGAUGCCGACGGCAGCUUUGGAGCCGGUGCUGGUGAUGCGAGCCCCCCCGAACUCUGCAGUAGCGAGCCGAAGUGCUCCUGGGACUCCGAAGGCGCAGCCUCCACCGCCUCCACUUGCGUACUCUGCUCCGACGGUACCAGAAAGAACUCUGCAGAUAAGUCUGAUAGCAAAUGUACACAGAAAACUGAUAGUCGUGUAGGCAGUAAGACGUAUAGUAAGCACAGCAAAGCCACUGACGGUACUAGUAAGAACCCUGGAUGUAAAAAGUCCAAAAGUAGCUGGGAUACUGGUAAAUACGCGGAUUUUUACAGCGAUAGCGAGGAUGAAGCCGAUGAGACGAAUAGGCUCAUAGAGUUUAGGAACACUGAUUAUGCGGAUAUUAUAGAAGACCAGUUGAAAAUUGUCAUAGCGCUCGCCGGCUAUCCUAAAUCAAAAAUGCGUCUCAGACAAUUGGAACUCUUCCGACGAUCGAUCGCGGAAGUUAUGGAUAUGCAAGUAAAGGCUGGCCUUUUAAAAACCGUACCUUACUUCUUAGAUUACUAUUUGAACAGGGGCGCUAUUGUCUGUGUUUGUAGGGACAUGGAUACUAGGAACUGGAUAAUCAGGAUUUCACCAGGCCUGCAGGAACGUAUGGGUACCAACCUUAUUCUACUCAAGUCUAAGAUCAAGAGGUUAUGUCUAGCUUACCUGAAGAUACCUAGUUCAGCCUGGCCGGCGACUGCUCAGGACACAUUCAAACUGUUACAGUAUUUCAAUCCUACAUUGAAAACUGAUUCGUGGAGAGUCUACUCGCAUAAGAGGUUUGAUGGUGUUGAAUACACUUCAUUUUUAAUAGACAGAGUCUCUGGUGAAAUCAUUCGAGGCUCCACCUUUAAAAAUGUUAUAAAUUAUGAGCAAAUCGAGUUUGAACUGUCCGGGUACACUGAGAUUUACUAUGAAUGUCUAAUCUCCGAUUUGAAAGAAGAUCUGCACAGUGUUUCGUCGAGAGUGAAGCUUUUGAACGAACUUAGGGGGGAAGAUACACCCAGAAAUCUUUCCGACUGCAGUUUAAAACCUCUGUCUGGCGGAGACCCACCAAAUGAUGCGAAGGAACCAGACGAGAACGAGAGAGCAACAGACUAUUUUGUAGAAUUUCCUGAUAGGACAGAUAAAGAAGAAGAUAAAGUGAACAUCACUGAAUUGGAAAAUAAUUGUGAUGUGUUAAAGAAACUAAAAGACGUUAAUUACAGAAGUGAAAAGAAUGAAAUGAUCAUUUGGUCGGAGGAAAUCAACAAUAACUGUAAGAUUGAUGUUGCCAAUGAGGACAAGCAGCUCGCUUCAGAAUCGACAGCCGCAGAAUCUGAAAAGUCUGAAUCUAUCGCUGAUAGCAGCGACAACCUGAUCAGGAGCAACAGCAAUGUAAACAUAGACAGUAACCGGGGCAUCGCUUACCACAGAAGAACAAACUACCUUCAUGUCGAACCGGAAUUGAAAAUCGCAAUCACUCUCGAUGGUUACCCGCAGAACAAACUCGAAGGCACACACAUCAGGAGGCUGAAGCAACUCUUCAAAGAUUUUUUACACAGGGAUAUAAAACAACAGCGCUUCGCUAAUUUAAUCAUCCCAAAGUUCCAAGACAUUUACCUGUCUAACGGCGCUGUGAUAUACAUUUGUGAUAGCUUAGAGACUAAGGAUUACUUGACAGAGGUAUUACCGAAAUUCGUCAAUUCUACCGGCUGGAAGCUAAUAUUUAGAGACAUUAAAACACUAGUUAGAUACACCAGAAUCGUCCUCCGCCUGCCAAAAGAACUAGCCAAUGUAGAAUCCGCUGAAAUAAUUUCAAAACUUCAACAAAAAUACCCUCGUUUGAAACCGGAUUGUUGGAAGUACUAUUCUGAUGUAGCUGGCAAACAGAAACGGCAGUUCGGCGUCGAUCCGGAAUCUCUAGAAAUUAUCAAAAAGCCUGAUUUUGAUCCGGAAUAUGACGCCAAUAAACUUAGCUUCAGGAUAAUAGAUAGACACAAACGCGAGUCCUGCUUCGAAGAGAAUCAAUAUUACGACGAUGAAAACGAGAAUAAGGAGGUGAAAGAGAAGAUUAUGAAACUAUUGUACGUGCCAGUCGAGGCUGAUAUUUCGAACUCUCUUACAAGAAUUCGAACGAAUCACUAUUCUGAUGUAGUCGCCGAUGACCUGAAACUGUAUGUGGGCCCUACUAACUAUCCGGAAUCGCGCGUAGACGAAAACCUCUUCCACGCUAUAAAGAAAACUUUAGAGAAUAUCGUUUACAAGUCAUUUAUAGAUGGUGUUGUCAAUGAAAUCUCUAUGCCUAAAUUCCACGACAUAUAUCUUUUCGACGGCGUAAUUUUCGUUAUUUGUGUAAACAUGACUUCGCGCUGUUGGAUCGACGAAGCUUUAACCGUAGCUAGUUCCAAAUUGCAAAUCAAUUUGAAAUCUACAGAAUACAGAGGUGCCGUCGGCAUUGUAAGUAUGGUAGUUAAAACCUAUUUGGAUACUGAAGAGGUCAUAUCGAUUCUUCAAUCGAACAAUACUCGACUUCGAACUAAAUAUUGGAGGAUUAUAAGCACAGUUCGAACCAAGGCGAAGUUAGAUGUAGUACUACAAAUAGAUAAGCUCUCCGCUCAAGUCAUUAGAAGUACCGACUUCAACACUUUCGUAGGCGACAAUGCGGUACAAUUCCAACUAGGCCAUUUACAGUCCCUUCUCAAACCACUUUCCAGUAUGGAAAAACUAAGCAAAAAACAGGAGAAAAAACUAAAGAAAGCAAACGCAACUAAACGAGAAGUACAAGUCAAAAUAUCUAAUGAAUUCACUGUCGAUGAGCUCAAGACUGAGCUGAAGCAUGAUUUCCCCGAUUUGAGAAUCGGUGAAUGGGAUUCGUCGCAUAAAGAUACCAAAAACAAAAUAGAACAUAUUGACAUCGAACAGUCUUUGGAAAACGCGUCCGAUGAUCCAAAGAUCAUUGAGCCGGACAGCAUGAAGUUGUCUCCAGUAGAAUUGGAAGACGUUUGCAAGAUGAUGGUGAAAAUACCGGCUGAGAUUCUACCCAAGGAGCGUGAGGAUUUGAACCUGAUUUUCGAUUUGUUGGAAGACCAAAAUCCUGGUCUGAACACGGAACUGUGGACGGUGACUAAUGAUUUCGGGAAUUAUGAGAAGGGGAAGUUUAUUCUGUCUAUUGACAAGCAGUCGGCUUCUGUGAUUCGUAGUAACCAGUUCUGCCCGAUGGUAGUUGGUCACAAGUUAAAGUUUCUGUUGUAACUGUAUUUUGUAACGAUUUAAGACUAUUUUUGCUAGUUUGUGUACAAUAGUUUGUAGUUAGAAUUUAAAAUUGUAUGAAACAAGUUAUGAAUGUAGACAUGUGCCUUACA